AUGAAAAUCGUUGAAGAGAGCGCUCAAAAGGGGGCCCCACCUCCGCGUUUUUAUGGACCACCCCCGCCACCUCCACCAUGUCCGCCACCUCCUCCACCUCCGCCACCUCCACCACCACCACCUCCACCACCACCACCACCACCUCCACCACCACCACCACCACCUCCACCACCACCACCACCU